CAAAAAACGCAGAGAAACAGAGAAGUUAAGGGAAUACUUGGAUUAUCUCCGGGAAGCAGUAUCAGCGCAAAAUGACUAGCCAUAACGAAGGGGAGAAACAUAGAUGUGAAAUAUGCUAUAAAGUAUUUUCUUUCUUAUGUCAACUUACAUCACACAUGAUAAUUCACACUGGUGAGAAAAACUAUAGAUGUGAUGUGUGUGAUAAAUCCUUCUCUAGUUAUUGUAAUCUGAAAGCUCAUACUCGAAUUCAUACUGGUGAGAAAAAUUAUAAAUGUGAAAAUUGUGAAAAGUCAUUUUAUUUUAAAUAUGCACUUAAUAAUCAUUUUAGAAUACAUACAGGAGAGAGGAAUUUCACAUGUAAAAUUUGUGAUGUCUCAUUCACGUGUAGCAGUACUCUUAAAGAACAUUUGCGAAUUCAUACUGGUGAAAAGAACUAUGUGUGUGAAAUAUGUGACAAAGCAUUUGCCCGUGGAAGUGGUCUCAAAUUACAUAUGGUCGUUCACACUGGUACAAAAAGCUAUAAGUGUGACGUAUGCAGUAAAUCAUUCACUAAAAAAGUUAAUCUUCAAAGGCAUAUGAACAUUCACACAGGAAUAAAAAAGUAUAAGUGUGAAAUAUGUGAGAAAACAUUCGCUCGAAAGUGUGGACUUAAAAUGCAUUUGACAAUUCACACUGGCCAAAAAGACUUCAAAUGUACAAUAUGUAAUAACACAUUUGCUCGGAAAAAAUCACUUAAAAUGCAUAUGUUAAUUCACACCGGUGAGAAAAAUUAUCCAUGUGAAAAGUGUGAAAAAACAUUCCUACAAAAAGGUCAUUUGAAUUCACAUAUGAUUAUCCACACUGGCUUGAAAGAUUUUAAAUGUGAUCUAUGUGAUAAGUCCUUUACUUGUUAUAGUCAACUGAAAGAUCAUACUUUAAUUCACACUGCAUUUGCCCGUGGUUGUACUCUCAAAGUACAUAUGGCCAUUCACACUGGUACAAAAAAAGCGUAA